AGGAGAGGGAAGAAAGAGAGGAGGGAGGGCUGUUUUUGAGCGUGUGCCUGAGAAAUGAGAGAGAGCGAGAGGGGAGGGAAGUGAGCUGAAAGAAAUGUCAGAUUCAAACACACUGUUCUCUGUGUGUGUGAUAGAGACAACGAGAGACCAGAGAGAAAGAGACAGGAGAGGACCACAAAGUGAGGCCAGUUUACCUAUGGAACAACAUUCAUACCCGAUGCCCAGGGGAUUCCAUGGACCCGAGUGACAUCCCCGCCGAGCUCAGCCGAUCAAAACUAAUGUCAAUGCGCUCCUCGCAUUUGUAGAACACCAAGGAGGACAGGGGUGAAAGGUCACAGACUACAGAGCCGGAGUACGUGCUGAUGUUGAAAGGUUUCAGGAGGGGAGACUGAGGUUACAAGAAGAAGUUCAAGAAGUAAGGUAUCAGUGACAGACAAGGGUCACAGCAUCGACGAUGAUGACAUCGCACGGGAAGCUGAGGAAAGAGAAGGGGAGUUUGGCUGAGUACGAAUUGCAAGUGAAAGACCUGCGGGCGCAGCUGACAGACCAGAUAAAGAUUUUAGAUUCUCAGGUGGAUGUGAAACAACAGCAGCUCUCUGACCUCUCUGAGUUUCUCCGGCGUCGAGGUGACAUUGAGACCGAAUAUGCUCGUGCCCUUGACAAACUCACAGAGAGGUUCACCCACAAGACUAAGAAGAAGGAGCAGUGGGGUCAGUCUGUGUGUCAGGUCUGGUCUGUUUUGCUGACUCAGACCCGUCUGGAGAGCCGGGAACAUGCAGCACUGGGUGACACCUGCUGCAACACACUCACACAGAGGCUGGCACACAGUACGGAGGAUACACACCGUCUGCACAAACGGAGCAAAGAAGUUGGGAUCCAGAUGCAGGAUGAGUUGCUAAAGGUCACCAGUGAACUGCAGACGGCUCUGAAGACAUAUAAUCAGUACCACACAGACUGUCUGAUAGCUGAGGGGAAGCUGAAGGAAGCUGAGCGGUUGGAGGAGAGACACACAGGCAAGUCAGCUGAGCUGGGCACUGGCCAAUCAGGAGGCCCGAGGCGGAGUUCUGUCAAGAAGAUGGAGAGAUUAAUGGAGAAGAGGCAUGGCAGAGUGCAGGAAACCCAGCUGCAGUGUACCAAGGCUCGUAAUGACUACCUGCUGAAUCUCGCAGCAGCCAAUGCAGCCAUGAACAAGUACUACCUGCAGGACGUCAGCACUCUUAUUGACUGCUGUGACCUGGGUUUCCAUCUGUCAGUGGAGAGGGUGAUGAGGUGCUACCUGGCCAGUAGGUGGCGCAUCCAGAAAACAGAGGAGAUGGGUAUAAAGCAGCUGGAGGCAGCUGUGACCUCCCUGGACCAGGGUGGAGACAGAGAUGGAUUGCUGCAGCAACAUGACGCCGCCUUCUGCCUUCCAUUCAGAUUCAACUACCAUCCACAUGAGGGUGACCAGGUGUGUGAGGUGAGUGCAGAGAGCCACGUGAGGUACGAGCUGGAGACCAGGUUCCAGCAGCUUCAAUCUCGACUUGCUGCCGUUACCUUGGAAACUGAGGAGAUUAGUAAAACGCUUAAAGCCACACUCACCGCCCUGCUGGACACUAUGUGUGACAGCGACUGCAAUCCUUCCCCCGAUGUGCUAAGCAGCCUAUCACAUGAGCCUCCUGGAGGAAGCACUGCCCCAAAACUUACCCUUGCCAAGCGUCGAGCCAAUCAGCAGGACACAGAGAUCUACUAUUUUACAAAAGUGAAGGAGUUCCUCACCAGCAGUUGUCUGUGCUCCAAACUUCAAGCCAAACAUGACCUUCUACAAGAUGCCAUACAGAAAGCUGAGGCCGUGAAUAGCGACCCUUCCAGAAUGCAUUGUGCUUGGUCAGUGCGUGUUCGGAAGUCCAGACCUGUUUCCCAAUUCUGCCACACACUCUUCACCACAGACAUACUCUCCUACAUACAGAGCUCUGGGCAGCAGAUUCCUGUGGUGGUUGAAAGCUGUAUCCGUUUCAUAAAUCUUCACGGGCUCCACCAUGAAGGAAUAUUCAGAGUUCCCGGGUCGCAGAGGGAGGUUAACCUCAUUAGAGAUGCAUUUGAGAGAGGAGAAGAUCCUCUGUCAGACAGUGAGUGUGACCUGGACUCGGUGGCUGGUGUGUUGAAGCUGUACUUCAGGGGCCUUGAGCCUCCUCUCUUCCCUUACAAUAGCUACACUCAGCUGCUGGAGUGUGUCCAAAUUGAAGGGGAGACAGAGAAAGCUGCCCAGAUUAAAGCAAUUGUCUCCACCUUCCCACGGCCUCUCCUCAUCGUGAUGCGUUAUCUUUUCGCUUUCCUCAAUCAUGUGUCCCAGUACAGUGAUGAGAACAUGAUGCAGCCCUACAACCUGGCUGUCUGCUUUGGCCCAAGCCUGCUGAGGGGAAUAGAUUCUGAUGAUGCUGUUGCUAGGCAGCCACAGGUUAAUGACCUCAUCAAAACCAUGAUCCUCCAACAUGACCUCAUCUUCCCCAGCCAAUCAGAAUUGCCGGGACCCGUCUAUGAGAAGCACAUGACUCUGGAGCAGGAGUACUGUGAACCAAUCACAGAGGAGGGAGAGGGAGAGACCGAGCAUCUGCCCAGUGAAGAUGAGUGGGAGGCAGUGGCUAUGUUUGACUAUGUGGCAAGAUCUCCAGCAGAACUGUCAUUCAAGCAGGGAGAGCUUCUCAUCCUUCACAAUAAAGCCUCCUGUGAUUGGUGGAGAGGUGAAGUGGGAGGGGUUAAGGGUCUUAUCCCUCACAAAUACAUCACCGUGCUGGAUGGGUCAGAGAGAGGGAAAAGAGAAGAAGGAGGAGGAGGAGGAGGAGGCAGCACUGGAAACCUGGCAGUAGAAGACCCGCAGAUAGAGAACACAACUCGGAUGCGAGUGAACAGCGACAGUGCUUCGUUGCCUGGGAGACAGAGAGGAAGUGAGGGUAGCCCCAGUCGAAAGCCGCUGACCUCCUCUGCCACACGACACCUGUCAGUAUCUCAAGAGAGAAGACACACUUUGGAUACUGUGAGACAGGACAGCCUCAGACCCACAGACAGACCUCCAUUUGGUCAGGCAGACAAAACAGCAGUUGACAAGGAGAUGAUCAGCCGUCAAAUGAACUCAGUGUUCAAGGAGCUCCUGUCACGUCAGCCUCCUCUCCAGCCAUCUGCCCUCACCACCCCUGCCACCCCUGCUCCCUCUUCCUCCGCCUCCUCUUCUUCUCUUCCUCAAACUGCCCCUGCUGCCAAAAAAGUAGGCUUUGGCCUCAGAGGACGGGCCCUUUGGAAUAGCUGAUUUAUUGUUGAUGAUGAUGAUGAUUAUGCUGAUGACGAUGGUGCAUUUGGUGAAGAUCUUGAUUUAUUUUUUGACAUUUGUAUAAUAUUUGCGUCUGCCAUCUCAUAGUUCCACUAGUCUCAGUGCCGUGUUACUGUACUUCUAAUGUGUCUGUUUUCCAGCUGAUUUUGGUAUUUUUAUUUUCUGAUAUGUUUUUAUUCUCCAGGUUUUUGCAAUUUUUUGAGAAUCAGGGAUGUGACAUCACCAGUGAUAUUACCAGACUGACAGUUUGAAGUGUUUUGUUAUGAUACUUGCUUUAAAAACAGCAAAAGAUUUAAGCUGCCCUCUAGUGGCAGGGCUGAGAUCAGCUUUAAAAUGUUGUCUUAUUUUAAAUAUCAAAACUGAUCUGGGGCCUGUGUCUAGGAGUGCCUUCACAUCUUUUACUCUUCACAUUUAUUUCACUUGAAAAGAUCUGACAGGUUUCAACUCUGCAUAUAAUGUUUAAGAUAGAGUCCAGGAAGAUGUUUAUAGAGCCCUAAAGCAUUCCAACUUAAAUCCAUAACAAAUACAUUAAAUUUAAAAAAUUGUGUAAAAUAUUUGAAAGAACCAACAAUUUGUGAGCAAAGAUAAAGACUAUAUGUAAUUUUAUCUUUGCAGAGCUGUGCUUUUCUCACCUUUAGAAUCAAAAGAUGGAAAAAGUAACUUUGAGUUAACUAUUAGCUACUGCCAUAACACUGGCUCUUCACCUGGAUUGUGUGUAGUUGUCAGGCUCAUGACAAAGGAAAAGGAAAUGUUAGUUUCUCUUCACUGUGUGUAUUUACAGUCACAGCUUCGGAAUACUUUAUUAACAAUAUCUUUUUGUUGUUGUUUUUUUUUGUUGUUCUAGCUAAUAUGAACUAACAGGCUAAAUCUGGUAGCGGUUGAUGAAUUUACAAGCUUAACAGGCUGAGAGCAUGUAACUGGUUAGGAGAGGGUGGUGACUACACCUUUGCAGUGACAUUAAAAAGUAUUACAAUGUUACUGGGAAAAUACAUGUAUAAAAUGCAAAGAGACAUGAAAAUCAAAUUGUGAAAUCAAAUGAAGGCCUAUAAAAAGUUAUGAAAAUACAAAGGAUGAAAUAAUAUUUCAUAAUAAUGACCUGAGUUUCAAUCUUUUUAAUUUGUUAUGAAAUUAUAAUAUUAUUGCUGUUCAUAUAUUUUACACAAUUUAUUGAAGUGACUAUGUACACUACCAGUCAAAGUUUGGACUAUGGAUGUGGCUUGGGCACACCCAUUCAAA